AUUCUGUCAGCAAUGGCACCACAUGGAAGAGAAAUAUCACAAGGCCUGAGAAAGAAAAUAAUUUCUUUACACAAGAAAAGUGAAGGCUACAAGAAGAUCAGCAAAGCUUUACUUAUCAGUCAGAAUACUGUAGCAAAAGUAAUACAAAAAUUUAACAAAGAUGGAACUGCAACCAUCUCACAGAGACUGUCCAAUGGAAUACUGAACCCUUAUAGGGAUAGGCUAAUGCUAACUCCCUUCUUCAGAGCUGCAAAUUGCUAUGCAAUUUCACUGCAGUUAGCUAUAGAAGUAGAA